CAAAGAACACAUCCACAAGCGCUGGACCAUCUGCCCCCGGGGAGGGACGACCUCUUCAGCAAUCUACUCCUCAGUAUAUACACGCAAUGGGAGCAAAAUGGUUUUUGGACUUCAUUGUUCAGGGGGACCUUUUUGGGCCAGCUGUUUUCAUGCGACCCGGUUGCGUUCCAGAUGCUGGGGGAGCGGUCAAUGUUCCUCCUCUCGGUACCAUCGUCUCGUGCGCCAAGACUUCUGGAGGUUUGCUCAAGCUGGAAACUAACGGCUUCUAUGACGAGUGCAGACUGCCUCUUAGAGGUGUUAAGGGUGUGUUGGUGACCAUCAAGAGUUUCGCGGGGUACGGCUCGAGCAUGACGUUCUGCUCUCACUUCAAAGGCCUUUACGAUGGCGGCAGCAAGCGUCUUCCAUCGCCAGAGCAAUAUCUCGAGCUCGCGAUGAUGGUGCCGAAAGAACGUCCGGUUCUUCCGCGAGAUCAUGUUUUUAGGCUUCUGCCACCCCAUGAGGGGUCGUCCGGCUUGGCUCAAGAAACUCCAGGGACGGCAGUGGGGCGCGGUAGUGCGAUUCAGGACGUUGGGGGUCGGGUUAAGGGGCUCGCGCGCAGCGUUCGCACGCAGGUCGGCCCGGAUGCUCCUGGGAACAUGUCGGACUUGCAUUCUCAGGGUAUAGGGACUCAACGGGUCGGUACUCCGAAACUCCUCAAGGUCCACUUCGGCGGCGACACGUAUUCACUUCGAGAUGAGACGAGAAGAAAAUCCGGCAGAUCGGGGCAAGAUGUCGGAGGGAAUGAGGCUGAAGGGAUGGGCGUUGUCCGCGGAAGCUCUGGCGGGGAGCAGACUCCUUCGGAGUUCGGAGAAGAAGCGCGAGCGAUAGAGGAUGGUGCGAGAGGAGGUGGCGGAGGGAACCCUCCGCAUGAAGAGGAUGAGAGGGAAAUCGGAGGCGGUGAUGGGCGGGACGCUGCGGCAGCGAGAGAACCUUUGGGGAAAUCGAAACGGAAAGUGGCAGCUGAAGAAGGCGAUGGCGAGAAGGAACCUCGAAGGCGGAAGACUGCUAAGGCGGCGAGCGGUGGCGAAGGGCCUGUCGAUGAGGAGUGCGACGAAGCGGCAGUCUUCGACAUCCCGCCUUGCGAAAGAUAUUACAACCACCGCAGUCUAAGUCGCGAAACUGUGGACGACAUAAAGGAUGCGAUGCUGAGUCAAUUCCGUGAGAAAAAGGGAAAUAUCUGGACGAAAAACCCUCUGGUUCUGGCACCCAUCUACAAGCCGGUGACGCGUACUCCGGAGAAAGCUGACAGGGUUCACAAAGAUGUCUUCAAGCCAGAGGACAAGGACAAGUACUACUAUUACCCUAUUAACGGACAACACACCGUGGCUGCUGUGAAGGAGUUGGAGGGUGAGCCAAUAUUCGAUUUGUGGAAGAUGCACUCAUGGCCGGCAAGAGUAGUGUGGUUCUCCGACCAAGAUUUCGCGGGCAGGUCAGUCUCAACGAGAACACGAGACACAAGAUGUCUAAGCAGUGAUCGCAGAAGGCCGCGUUCUUGGACAUGCGGGAGGCAUGGGAGAAUGAAGGAAGGUCGGUGGCCAUUCAAGGGAACCGACAAGGAGGCCGAAAAGCGAGCGUUCUUCAAAUUCCAAAAGCUGCUUUUGGGAAAGAGUCCGAAUGAAGCUCACUGGUCGUUGGCAAAAAAAGAUUUGUCGCUCGCCGACAAGGAGUAUGUCGCUGCCGUUGGCAAUGCAUUGAGGCAGUGGAUGCCGCUCGUGACGGCCGGUGAUGACGUUUUUCGCAAAGCCAUGGAGUUCUAUGCGAAAUGGGUGGAGGGGAAGUUGUUGGGCGGCGACGGCAAGACGCCAUUGUCGAGGUCGGGCAAAUACAUGCCAGACAAAUCUCCGGGUCUGCAAGCAAUUUCGGAAAUGGGCUCGAAAGGGGCGGCUGGUGAAACGAAGAUGGGGUGGCUGGUACGGGUCUCGCCGCCUCCGACCAAAAAGAAAAUGCAAGCGGAUGACAAGUUUUCGUGGUCGUGAAGGAGCCAGACAUGUUCUGUUGGCAGUGUCUCGCCGAUAUGACCGAUGUCGAGAAACU